CUCAGGCUGACCGGGGAAAGGGAAAGGCUCUCAGCCAGCAGCCUCUUUUGAGGAGCCCUUAAGCAAGGCACGGAGCCCCAAACUGCUCUCGUAGGGGCAAAGACUACGCUCUGCCUUUGUGUUUGAUUUGAAGGUGGUGGCGGUUGAGUUUAAACACUGGAUCCGGACGGGACGGUGUUUGAAAACAAACUUCACUUCAGUUUUCAAAGUGUGAGAGUAAAUAUCGAAGUGAUGUCACCUGUGGUUGAUAAAGGGUUUUGCCAACAUGAGACUCCUCUGCACAUGUAUGAUGAAUUCCGUGUAUUCUCAGGAACCGUUCCUAGCCCUGAAAUAAUUUGUGGAUUUAUCAAUAAGUCUAUUGCUAGAAAAUUAAUUAACCCACAAUUCCGAUGAUCAAGUAACGAUUUGAACCAUUUUCAGAGCAGAGUCCUCCGGACCAGUUUCUACAAUGUGAGGGUUCGCUGGCUUCCUCUGAUAUCGCCGAUUCAAAUGUGUUUGAAUUCUUGUCUGGACAAAACUAGCAAAUUGAAAAUGUCACCUCAGAGUUUCCCCAAGGUGAAUGGUGAGCAAAGGUGAUCCCGGGUGGGGCUCCUGCUCCCUGGGGGUGUUCAUCUGUCUGGCCUGCUCGGGGAUCCACCGCAACAUCCCCAACGUCAGCAAGGUCAAGUCCCUGAGCCUCUCCCGCUGGGAAGACCACGAGAUGCAGUUCAUGGCUGAAAAAGGAAAUGAGCUGAUGAAGAGUAAAUAUGAGGCUGCUGUUCCAGUCUACUACUACAAACCGACCCACAAAGACUGUCAGGUGUUGAGGGAGCAGUGGAUAAGAGCGAAGUACGAGAGGAAAGAGUUCUCCGGGCCGGGGAGGAAUUUCACGUACGAGGAAGGAACUAGAGAUGGCUUGUUGAUGAAGAGGGGGCGGGACAACGGGCAGUUCCUGAGCAGGCGAUUCGUCCUCUCUGAGAUAGAGGGGACUCUGAAGUACUUCACCAAAUAUGACGCCAAGGAGCCCAAAGCUGUGAUCAAGGUGGACACCAUAAAUGCAACCUUCCAGCCCGAGAAGAUAGGAAACCCCAACGGCCUGCAGAUCACCUACCUCAAAGACUACAGGACCCGCAACAUCUUCGUCUACCAUGAAAACGGCAAGGAGAUUGUAGACUGGUUCAAUUCAAUUCGUGCAGUUCAGCUUCACUAUCUGAAGGUGGCCUUCCCUGGGGCGACAGAUGCUGAGCUGGUACCCAAACUUACCCGGAACUUUCUGAAGGAAGGAUACAUGGAAAAGACAGGUCCCAGGCAGACAGAAGGCUUCAAGAAACGCUGGUUCACUCUGGACCACAGGCGACUCAUGUACUACAAAGAUCCACUGGACGCCUUUGCCAAAGGUGAAGUCUUCUUGGGGAGCAGGGACCAUGGUUACAACGUCUCCCCCGGAUUGCCCGCUGGCACCCACUGCAAUGGCGCCUGGCAACACGGUAUCACCAUAGAAACACCUGACCGCUGCUUCCUGUUUACUUGCGAGAUGGAGAGUGACCAGCAGGAUUGGGUGAAACACUUCAACGAUGUAAUGAAUGCUCCAAUGUCCCCUCAGGAGUACACAAUGGAGGCCAUGUUCAAGCACAGGCCCUGAUGGACCAGGGGCCUACGGGACCACCUCCUCUCCUCUCAGUCCAUCACCAAUCUGACACAUCAGUUAUGACUCCUUUAGUACUUCCGGGAACCUUGACUUCGCUUACAUGGUAACACUGAAGCUUGUUGCUGGUAAAGAAGUUAAGAAUACAAACAAGAGGACCAAGGCAAUAUUAAUUGGUAAAUUAAAAAUAAGUAUUGCCAAAAGAAAUAUGAAUACAUUGGUUUAUUUGUCAGCAGGAUUAUGCAGAAACGACUGAACCGAUAUGCACCAAACUUGGUGGAGAGCUGGGGCACGGGCCAGGGACGAACCUAUUCAAUUAUGUGCAGAUCUGGUUAACGGGGCAAAUCCAGGAAUUAUUUUUAAUCACUUUCCUUAACAUUGCCAAACAGCAUGUUUUCAGCAUUUUCAUCAAAAUUUGGCCUUGGCGGAGGUGAGCGCUCAAACGAGUGCCAUUCUCGUUUGAGUUUUCUCUGGUGACAUCUUUGGCAGUUCAUGGCUGUGGUGUUUCUGCACUGCGCUUCCAAGGGAUCACUUUCCAGUCAAACACUCUGGGCAGUACUAUAACAUAUUUUAUUUUGGAUUUUAUGUAGCUCAUGUUUAUGGCACUCUUGGUCUGUUUUGACAAGGUGCCUGUUGCCCAUGCUAAUUAUAAAUGUGAACGUAAAAUCACAACACUUCCAGUGUGACGAUUUGAUUUUUUUGUCAUCGUGAAGAGAUGUGGUGGAAAUUUUGUAAGUUUAUUCUAUAGUCAAUACAAGAUUUAAGAAAAAGGUAUUGUUAAGGUAAAGUGCCUUGGUCCUCCUGUAUCAAGUAUUUUAUGUAAGUGCGAUAUGAUGAUUGGGUAAUAGUGGUAAGGCACACACACUCAAAUGGGUCAAACUGGUACAGAAAACAGUUGUAUCUGUGGUGGAUUCCGAAUUCCCUUUCAAUUUCUUCUUUUUCUUGGCUGUUUGAUGUAACCUCUAUAACUGCUCUCAUGACAAAAAACACUGACAAACAGCAAGAGUAUUGCAGCCCAGUUUAAGUGCUGUAUCAUGCUGCACAUGCUGUUUCAGUUCUGAAAGUCAAAAAGAGUUUGUUUUCCUUUUAACUUCAAUGAACGAAUAUCUUCUGACACACUACAGUGCAGUUUACAUCGUGGAUUCAGCAAGACUUUUAUGGUUUUGCGUUUUCUUCAACGAACAGGCAGAUGCUGAUUUUGUAUGUAGUUUUUGAGACAUGAGUGCAGCUAUUAAAGAUGUAUUUGAAAGACUGUAUGGGAGAUUUGUAAAUGUAGUGGGAUAAAAAAGGUGGAAACACUGCAAGCCAGUACAUGGUCUAACAGCACCUCCAUGUGGCAUACAGUACACAAGUCUUUGUUAAAACAAAUAAGAAUUCCCUUAGUAAGUUAUCUUUUCCUUGUUUUUAUAGCUAUCAAACAACCAUUUGAUAUGUUGUAGUGGUAUUUUUUUUCUUUUCUAUUUUUUAGUUUAAGAGGUAAACGCAUCCUGUGUUGAUUUGGUUUUAAAGGAAUUUCACAUGAUUUUAAAGGCAUUUCUAUGCUUGACCAUAGCUGACUAAUAUA